AGUCUAUGGCCACUUUGUGACGUAGGUUGUUGCUACCGUUGAACUUUAUUAAAAUUCUAUUUUUCUUAUUUUAUUAGCAACUCCGUAAAUCAAGAAAUCCCGUCACCAUAUAAUUCAAUGAAUAACGAAGAUUCACAGCUCAGCAAAAGUCUCUCGUGGCUACUUCGACACGGCGCAAUUAAAGAAAGGCUUAAAAUAAGCCCAGAAGGAUACAUAUCAGUGCAGGACAUUCUUCAGCACAGGUUAUGCAGGAAAUACACUCUAUGUGAUAUUCAAAGAGUUGUUUCCACCAAUGACAAGCAGAGGUUCAAGUUAAGGAACAACCCAGACACUAAAGUUCUUGAGAUAAAAGCACACCAGGGACAUACUAUCAGUGAAAUAGAUGAUAGUGGGCUGACACCAAUAUUAGAGGCAAAGUGCAAAACAGUGGUUCACGGUACAUACAACAAAUGGUGGCCCUACAUUAAAAUACAAGGACUGAGUUGUAUGAAAAGAAAACACAUACAUUUAGCCAAAGGUACUCUUGAUGACCCCAACAUUAUAAGUGGAAUUCGGAAGGACGUGGAAAUCUAUGUAUUCAUAGAUUUGGCCAAAGCAUUAACAGAUGGAAUAAAGUUCUACGAAUCAGAAAAUGGAGUUGUUUUGACAGCAGGCAAUAAAGGAUAUUUAGAGAGCAAAUAUUUUUCAAAAGUAAUCCAAGUUGAUACAGGUUUCCCGACAUACACGCAGCCGCAAGACCUCGUGCGCGUGUUCGAGAGCUACGGGUCCGUCAAAGUGGACAAGAUAAGCAACAAGUUCGCAUUAUUAAACUUCUCGGACGCAGAUGACGCAAAGGAAGCCAUCGAUGACACCAACAAGGUGAACAUCUACGGGGAGUUCCUCACCGUGCGCGCCUUCAGCAGCCGGGAUUCCGCCAAGCAGAACGCCGCAAAGAAAAAGCAGAAAGGCGCGAUCGUGGAGCCGCGCCUCAUCAGCCUGGCGGGCGACUUCCACUCGCAGCUGGACAGCGUGCUCAACGCCGUGCGCCUCACGCAGGAGGAGGUCACCAAGCUCAGCGCGCUCUACGCCGACCUGGAGCGGUACCUGCAGCAGCUAUGGCCGGGCUGCGUGGCGCUGCCCUUCGGCUCCAUCACCACGGGGCUGGGCAUCAAGAGCAGCGACGCGGACUGCUUCAUCCAGCUGCCGGCCGUGUUCCGCCACCCCGACACCAACUUCGUCAACAAGGCCAAGAAGCUGCUGCAGAAGUACCCGCGCGCGUUCGCCGAGGUGCUGGCCAUCCCGCGCGCCAACACGCCCAUCGUGAAGUGCUUCCACGUGCCCACCGCCGUGCACUGCGACCUCACCUUCAAGACGCCGCUGGGCGCGCGCAACAGCAGGCUCAUCGCCUUCCUGCUGCACGCCGACCCGCGCCUCGUGCCCGUCGCGGUGGUCCUCAAAUACUGGGCAAAAGUUCACGGCCUCUCUGGAACUGGCAAAUUGUCAAACUACGCCCUCACCAUGCUCAUCAUAUUCUACCUUCAGCAACCAGAAGCUAUCCUACCAUCGGUUGAGUGGCUGCAGAGAGACAGCAGCGAUGACGUCAUCAUCGACAGCUGGAACACCGGUUUCAAGUGCAACCACGAACUUCUGCCGAAAACAAAAAACACUUCACCCAUUUCUGAACUUUUGGGAGGAUUCUUUCAAUAUUACUCAUCUUUCGAUUUUGAUAAAAAAGUCGCAUGUCCGCUCACAGGCAGUCCGUUGGCCAAAGAGCUAUUCACGGACCUGAACAACCUCCCCCCUGUGUUUGAGAGAUACAAGAGAAAUGUAAUGGAGCGCUCUAGCCUGCCCUUGAAGUUCACAACGUCCAUGUGCGUGCAAGACCCGAUCGAUCUGAGCCACAAUGUGGCUUGCUCCAUCAACAGUCGACUGGCCUUUGAAAUUAAAGCCUAUUUCAAAUUCGCCGCAGACGCCUACGAGAAAGAAAAGGAAAAUGGUUGCACGGGUUUCCUAAAAAUCCUUCUCUUGCAAAAGCCAAAACUACCCCGAAAAGAAAAUUUACUGGAAUACAAAUUUGUCUUGUAUCCGCACAUUUUGCAAUUCAUCGACAGUGCAGAUUGGAAAACGGUAGUUCGAGAAAUCAUGAUGCAAUUGUUUGAGAUGUGCAAAAUUUGUUUGACGAAGGUUGAAGAGAAACCAAUCGAAGGGGCCAGAAAUCAGAGGGAAAGGUAUACGGGAACUAUUGUCAAAGCCAUAUGGAAAAGAAAACAGUUUACUAAACUUUACAGUUGUUCCAAUCUCAGUUUUAUCACGAAACAAACGCGAAUAACCGAGGAAGUUAUGAAAGUAGUCAAAGAAUCGUUCAGAGUGAAUUUUCAAUUGACCUUAACUUAUGCCCACAAUAGUAGAAACGUUUUAGCCUCGAUCAAAUUGAUCGAAGGCGAAGUGAUCUUGUUCUUAGAAUUCGGUAAAUUUUUCAAAUCCAGUUUUCAAGAUUGGUUCUUGACUUUGCUGAGGCCGUACAUCCUCUCUAAAGAUAAAGCGAACGCACCCGUGGCCAACGGUAGCUCAAGGGAAAGCGACAGCCAAGCGACAGACAACACUGAAGACAAACCCGCUGGCAUUCAAGAUGCAGUAGUGACACGUGAGGAUUCUGACAGUAGUUCCGAAAAUAUUCCAGACACCAUUAACAACACUAUUGACACUAACGAUAAUAACACUGAAGACCCAAAAGAUAGGGCAACUGACACAAAAAACUCAAAAGAUAUUGCCACUGACACUAAACACAUAAAAGACAUUGACAAUGACACUAAAUAUAAUGCCAAUAAUGACACAAACGGCAAUGACACUAACGAUAAUAAAACAAGUACACAGUGAACCCCCGAGUGCCAUUAAUAUAAGCCCAGAAAAAUACGUAGAAACUUACUUUACUUUACUUAUCGAAUUGGAUAAUAAUUUCUAUAGAGUAAAGAUGCUAAAGGCAAAAUCGUUCUUGGAGGCUAAUGACGACCGCACAUUUUAACUUAAUUUAAUUUUUUUUUGUUAUUAUUGAACUUGUACAUUAUAUUUUAAAAUGCAAAAAUACCAUAAUAAUAAAGAGUAAUUAGUACUUUAAUAUUAAAAUUUGUUGUAACGUUAUUUGUAUGCAUAGUUUUUUUACAGUUGAAGCGGAGUUGGAAAAAUCCCUUUUGCACGCCCGCAUUUAACGUCGCGUCGUAAGGCGUGACGUCACGCUUUUAUCUUGCGUCUACUUUCUAUUGCAUAACACGAGAUUCAAGAGGAAUCUACCGUCUUUAUCGGUGUAAUAAAACAGCGGUUAAAUUUUAUAAUGUUUUAAAUGCAUCAAUUUAACUAAUCUAUUACUACGGGUCCACGUAUAAAUAAAAUAUCGGCUGUAUUUACCCGCAAUAACGGAUUUUAUGACUGACAUAGUUUAAAAAUUAAUAGGCGGUUUUCAGUACAGAAGUAAUUUUAUCACAAAGACAAUCUUUUCUUUACCCUUAAUUUACGAUUUAUACGCUCCUAAUCGAAGUUCGGAUUCGACUUUCGAUUCUCAGUAACGUCAAAGUAAACAAAAUUCAAGUUACUGGUUUUAAAAUUCUUUGUUACGCUCGGGAUAUAUAUCCCGGCACUCAUGACCUGAAUGAAACCUACUAGAAAAAUGUGUGUGAUGGGUUCUAUUCCUGGACCGCAAGUCAUUUUGACAAGGGUGAUAGCUUGCCAACAUGACUGUUUUGUAUGACAUGACAGGCUGCGAAUAUUAGCACCCGCCGCGACAAAAUUACAGUUUCACUCGUGUCACGCUAAGAUCAUAUACAUUGUUCCUAAAUUCAUUUUUCCGAUUAAUGUGCAUGGAUCUUGCUUAGAUUUAGCAAUAAUGCAAAUGCAAUGUGCAUUUAACCUAGUUUAACCUAGCUACAAAAAUAUUCUAAAUGUAAUGAAGCAGAAUCAAUGUAUACUUAUAUAUAACCCAGUAGCGGGUUCACACGAUUCGAUUUUAGUUAACCGACAAUUGUUACUCGACAAAAUAAAACUAAUUAAAAUGAACACGUACUGACGGUUCAAUUAAAAUUGAUUCAACAUUGGUUCAAAAGAUGGCAUUCAUCCAAAAAAAAACUAAGCUCAUGUGCUCGGCGUGAAACAAUACCGAAGUGAAUGUUGAUAGGUUCAGAUGAGUCGAAUCCCUUUCAACAAGAGACUUCCAGGUGAAAUCGAUAUUUAUUGUUUAAAUUUAAUUAAACGCCUGUUCAGACGGUUCAUCAACUAAAAUCGAAUCUUGCCAACCCGCUAUAACUAAAACCCCACUAUCCUUUGGUCUAUAACGCAUGACGACGUCGCAUAAUCAUCGGCAAAUGGAUUCACUCUGAAUACAACAGGAUUGGCAAACAAUAUAAAAGUACUAUGUAACACUAGCAGAGGAAUAAAAAUGUUUUCUGUUACUUUUAACCGAAAUAAAUGAGCCUUAGCGUAUGCCAUGCGUCAUGUGACAAGGUACCUUGUGCCUAGUUGGCACACAUUAAGCCAUAAACAAGUAUAAAAAAAAUUAAAAUGUGUGUAAAACUGAGCUGCCUAGACGCUUAUUGUUAUAUGAAUAUAGUCCUUUCUUUCAAGUACAUGUUACUUUUGUCUCCUGUAUCUAGUUGAAUAUUAUAUUCAUUGUUUUGAGAACUUAUCUAGUAUUAAUUAUAGCGUU